CCCUUCUUCCUUCCUCACUCGCCAAGUCAACUUACCGAAAACGAGUCUAUUUACAGCGCCGGCGAAAAAUUUUUUGACAUGCAAAGCCCCUCCGGCGACUUUAAGCAUCACUGAUUGUUUAAUGCGGCGAGUAAAUGGGAACCAAAUGUUCCCAGAGCUCUGGGUUUCUGGUUUUCUUGAUCUUCGCCGCGCUCUGGUGCGGGGUUUCUUGUUACUAUGAUGGAUUUUCCAUCGUCGGCGCCGGCGCCGGGUUUGUCCCGGAGGAGAAGGUGCUCCGGCUGUUCGAGGAGUGGAAGGGGAGGAAUGGGAAGGUGUAUAGGGAUGAGGGGGAGAAUGAAGAGAGGUUUGAGAAUUUCAAGGGGAAUCUCAAGUAUGUUAUGGAGAAGACAGUGGGGGGAGGGUCGAGGUGGGAGGGGAAAGUUGGGUUGAAUAGGUUUGCUGAUCUGAGGAAUGAGGAGUUUAAGGAUGUUUUCAUAUCUAAGAUUAAGAUGCCGUUUAGGAAGAAACAAGGGAUUCAGAUGGUGUUUUCUGGGCAGAGUGGGAAAGAGAAGGUGUCCUGUGAUGCCCCCUUCUCUGUUGAUUGGCGAAAACGUGGCGUUGUCACUCAUGUUAAGGACCAAGGAGAAUGUGGGAGUUGUUGGGCAUUCUCUGCAACGGGGGCGAUGGAAGGGAUAAACGCCAUAGCUACCGGGGAGCUUGUUAGCCUCUCGGAGCAGCAGCUCAUCCAUUGUGAUUCAUGGAAUGAUGGGUGUGAAGGAGGGUAUAUGGGGUAUGCAUAUGAAUGGGUUCUGCACAAUGGUGGGAUUAGUGUAGAAGAGGAUUACCCAUACAGUGGCAAGGAUGGGAAUUGUUCUGUCAAACAGGGGGGAGUCAAGAAUGUGACAAUUAAUGAGUACAAGGAUGUUGCACAAGAUGAAAGUGCACUGCUUUGUGCUGUGGCAAAGCAGCCUGUUAGUGUGGCAAUUGAUGCCUCUGCACUUGAUUUUCAGCUGUAUAGUGGUGGUAUCUACUAUGGAGAUUGUUCGGAUGAUGCGGAUGAUAUAAAUCAUGCGGUUUUGAUAGUUGGUUAUGGUUCAGCAGGUGGUCAGGACUAUUGGAUUGUAAAGAAUUCUUGGGGAACAUCUUGGGGGUUGGAAGGGUAUGCAUACGUAAGGAGGAAUACUCAUUUGAGAUAUGGUGCUUGUGCAAUUAAUGCAAUGGCAUCAUAUCCCACUAAAGAUUUUUCAUUGCCACGGUUGCCUAAACCGACUUCGGGAGGUUUGGUCCCGUUACUUUCAAAUUCGUCUAUAAGUGUUGAGACGUCUAAGUCCCAUUCACUAUCGGGCAUAGCUCCGUCUCCCCAGCCAUCUCCUAAGCCUUUUACCCCGCCUCCUCCAUCUCCUAUUGCUCCACCUCAAUCGCCUCCCCCGAUUCCUCCAACUCCGCCAUCCCCAAGGCCUCCAUCGCCGAUUCCAAUUUUAACACCUCCACCUCCUUCGUGUCCACCACCUUAUACUUCACCUCCCCCACCAGUGCCUAGUCCACCACCUCCUAGUUUGCCACACCCACCGCCUCCAAGCUCACCCCCACCACCAAGCCCACCUACACCAUUACCACCACACCCAAGCCCACCUACUCCGUCACCACCACAUCCACCACCACACCCAAGUCCACCUCAUCCGUCACCACCACCUAGCCCACCCCCUCCGUCACCACCACCGCCACUGCCAAGUCCACCUCCUCCGUCACCACCACACCCAUCACCUCCACCACCAAGCCCACCUCCUCCGUCACUACCA